AUAAACUGGAGGGGCCGCAGCCCCUGCAGAAAAUUUAUUUAAGAAACUAAGAGUUGACAAGCUUACAAGUUCGUUGCCAUCAUGAUCCCCGAAGCAACGGCCUCCUCAACUCCUAUAGAAAUUAAAGCUGAUCUCGCUCCUCUUCCAAAUCCGAUCGAUCAGCUCAGUAGCUCACACAUACCUAGACCUAGCGUAGCUGAAAUUCUUUGUCCAGUCAAUUCAAGCCGCCAAGCUAAGUAAGAUUACAAGAGCACAAGAAGCUUCCAAAAAACCUCUGAUUAUUACUCUCGCGGCAGGGCAGCGACAUGUCUCCAGUCUCCACGGCGCCGGCCGUCGUCCCCGCCGGCAUGCUCUAGCUAGCUAGCGGCGGGGACGACGACCAUGCCUGUGCUCAACGAGGAUGGAGGAGCCGGCGCCGCCGACGAUUCCGGCAGGCAACGGUGCUCGUGCCUGCCGGCGUUCUGCUGCCUCUGGGGCGCCGGCUCCGCGGGUCUUCGUCCCAACAAUAAGCCCGGCGCCGCGCAGGCGAAGAAGAGACGGCGCCGCAGGCUCAGGUUCAGGCUCAGGCUGUCGUCGUGGCUGGCGUGGCCGCCGUGGUUUCGGAGGAGCGGCAAGGGGGACGCGGGCGGCGGCGACGACAGCAGCGAGAAGAGGAAGAGGCAGAGGAGGUGCGGCGGGAGGCGGUUGUUGCUGCUGCUCACGACGUCGCUGCAGUUCAAGAAGGCGCUCGCGUCCGUCGUCUCCGGGGACAGCACCGCCCUACUGCCAGUGCCAGUGCCAGUGCCAGUGCCGGCCAAGAUGAGCAGUUACGGCGACGCCAAGAAGCAAAGCCGCAACCGCAGGCCACGGCGGCCAACGGUAGACGACGACGCGGCGAGCGGCAGCCGACAACCACCGCAAGCCUCGAACACUGCUGCGACUGCGAGCACCGGAUGUACCACGGCGCAUGCUCGUUCUCGGCCGGAGACGACGACGAGCCACCAGGCGCCGAGCCCUAGACCAACCGACGGGCCCGCCGCUGGUGCCAGCCGCACCUGGCGAGCGCCGUCGUCGAGGCGCCAGCGCCACUCGCUUCGUCAGCCCGGCGACUGCUCCAGCAGCGGCGGCCUGUGGACGGCGGCGACGACGCUGGGCGUGAUCGUGCUCCUCGGCCGCGUCGCCGCCGUGUUCUUCCUAUGCUCGUGCCUGUACGGCGCGCGCUUCGUCCGGUCCUGGGCUGCCGGUGCCAGCGCCAAGGCCCAGCUGAGCAGCGGCGGCGUCGCUGGCGUUACCGUCGGUACUAGUAGCCGGCGCUUCCGUCACCCGGUGGGGGUGGCCGCGGGCGACAAGGCCGUGGCGGAGCUGUGCGCCACGGAGGAGGAGUGCAAGAAGAAGGUGGUCAUGGCAGGGUUGCUCGACAGGGCCGGCAAGACACCAUCGUCGCGCUUUGGUAGGUGAUCAGAUCACAAGAGGACGCUCUGUAAAUGAUGCCAUUUAGUUAGGCUUUGAACGGACAACGUGGUGUGCUUGUGAUGAACUGGUGAUCAUAGGCUGGUAGCAGAGUGUUUUGCUUUUAUGUUUUCCUGUGGUGAAAUUGGCAAUUUGACAUGAAGAGCUGUGUACACGAUUGGAUGUUGCUCAGUCGGCCCAAUUUGGCUGGCAUGGGAUUGUGAGGUCGACAUUUUGUGAUUUCUGGGCACGGGUUUUGGGGUGGAAUUUUUCACCAUACGUCAUAUAUGACACGUGGGUCCAAAUCGUAGCAAUGCAAAAUGUUUUGCUUGUCCUAUCAAAUGAACCGUAGUUUGUAUAAGCUUUGAGAAGACAGAAAAGCUCUUAUGCCGCUCCCAAUAUCUGUAGAGCUCUAGCUUGAACCCAAGUGUCCAGAUAUUGCUGCUAAGGCAAUGAAACACUAUACCACUGUACCAGCAAGUACUUUAACGC